CUGCACACAGGCACACACACACCUGCGCCCCAACCGUAGCCCAGGCUCACUGAGCCAGCUCCGCUGACCAUGAUGCUGUCUCUGCCGCUGAUACUGCUGCUGGGAGCCUGGGCCAUCCCAGGGGGCUUUGGGGACAGGGCCCCACUCACAGCCACGGCCCCACAGCUAGACGAUGAGGAGAAGUACUCAGCUCACAUGCCUGCUCACCUGCGCUGUGAUGCCUGCAGGGCAGUGGUCUACCAGCCCCUCCUUGUUCUAGAUGUGGCAAUAUUUGGCAAAGGCAGAGGCCAAGCUUCAUACCCCAGACUCAGGGGGGCAGCGGCGGAAGCUGAGCGAGUCUGUAUACACAGACGUCCUGGACCAGAGCUGCACCCAGACCUGGCAGGGCUAUGGGAUCCGAGAAGUGAACCAGGUGAAACGUCUCACAGGCCCAGGACUCAGCAAGGGGCCAGAGCCAACCAUCAGUGUGAUGAUCACAGGGGGCCCCUGGCCGACCAGGCUCUCCACGACAUGUUUGCACUACCUGGGGGAGUUUGGAGAAGACCAGAUCUAUGAAGCCCACCAACAAGGCCGAGGGGCUCUGGAGACAUUGCUGUGUGGAGGACCCGAAGGGGCCUGCUCGGAAGAGGCGACUAUUACAAGGACAGAGCUCUAGUCUGACUCCUUCCCCUUCCUGGUCAGCCCCUGAAGACAGCUGGGGCAUCCUCUAGAUCUGCUCCACUCUUUUCAGCAGGCUGCCCUAGAGGGCAGGAAGGCCAUGCUUUUCUGUGCUGCCAUGGCCCCUCCCUCCUCCAGCUUCAGGACAUGGGGGCCAUGUGUGUGUGUCGGGGGUGGGGUGGGGGGAAGGCCUUACCCUCUGGACUCGAAUAAAACCCAGUGACCUUGA